AGUAAUUUGGUUAUGUUUUAUUGUGGUGUGUCUUCCUUUCCCUCCAACUAUUGUGCAGUUCUUUCAUUAUCCCAACAUCUGGACUCAAUUCCAAUUCCAAUUCCAAUUCCAAAAAUCACAUCACAAAUUUGAGAUUGAGAAGAGGCAAACAAAUAUCUAGCCAUCAAUUCCUCUUCUUCACUCUGUACAUUCAUCCACCUCAAACCCUAAAAUUGGGCUUAAUCUCAACCCUCCCAUGGAACUUUGUCCCCUACUCGACACUUGUCUUCCUUCCCCCUCACUCUCCUACUUUUCUUCUUCCUCCCACCGACCCCUUCACCUCCUUUCUAAAGUUUCCGUUUCUGCGCGGAUAAUUCCCCGUUUUUCGAAUUCUUUCAGGCCAACUCGUCGCCGGAAUGUUUGUUCUGCUUCAAGCUCCGAUACUCUUGUUGCCGGGUCGCGUAAGGAGGAUGGCAAGGCUGGAGAAGCCGUAACUAAGAAGGAAGAUGAUGAGUUUGGGGAUUUGAAGGCUUGGAUGCACAAAAAUGGGCUACCUCCUUGCAAGGUCGUUCUUGAGGAAAAGACUUCCCAUGAUAAGAAUCAUAGGCCUAUACAUUACGUGGCUGCCAGUGAAGAUCUUGAGGUGGGUGAUGUUGCAUUUUCGGUUCCGAAUUCCUUGGUUGUAACGCUUGAGAGAGUUCUAGGAAAUGAGACCGUGGCCGAAUUGUUAACUACCAAUAAGUUGUCAGAGUUGGCGUGCUUAGCUUUGUAUUUGAUGUAUGAGAAGAAACAAGGAAAAAAGUCUUUCUGGUACCCCUAUAUCAGAGAGCUUGAUCGCCAACGUGGGAGGGGCCAGCUAGCUGUAGAGUCACCUCUUCUAUGGUCAGAAGAUGAACUUGAUUACCUCUCAGGCAGUCCAACAAAGAAAGAAGUUCUUGAAAGGGCGGAAGGAAUCAAGAAGGAGUAUAAUGAGCUCGAUACUGUCUGGUUUAUGGCUGGCUCUCUGUUUCAGCAAUACCCAUAUGAUAUUCCAACUGAAGCAUUUUCCUUUGAGAUUUUCAAGCAAGCCUUUGUUGCAGUUCAGUCAUGUGUGGUGCAUUUACAGAAAGUAAGUUUGGCUCGGAGAUUUGCUUUGGUUCCCCUUGGUCCGCCGCUAUUGGCUUAUAGAAGCAAUUGCAAGGCAAUGUUAACUGCUGUUGAUGGUGCUGUGGAACUAGUGGUUGAUCGUCCAUACAAGGCUGGGGAAUCAAUAGCUGUUUGGUGUGGGCCACAGCCUAAUGCGAAAUUACUCCUGAAUUAUGGAUUUGUUGAUGAAGAUAAUCCCUAUGACCGCUUAUUAGUUGAGGCAGCUUUGAACACUGAAGAUCCUCAAUAUCAGGAUAAAAGAAUGGUUGCUCAAAGAAAUGGCAGAUUAUCAAUACAAGUUUAUUAUGUUUAUGCCGGAAAGGAGAAAGAAGCUGUUUUAGACAUGCUUCCUUAUCUUCGACUUGGCUAUGUUACUGAUCCUUCAGAAAUGCAGUCUGUUAUUUCUUCUCAAGGUCCAGUCUGUCCAGUGAGCCCCUGCAUGGAAAGAGCAAUGUUGGAACAAGUUGCUGACUAUUUCAAGAGACGACUGUCUGGCUACCCAACUACCUUGAGUGAAGACGAGUCUAUGCUGGCUGAUGGUAAUUUGAACCCGAAGAAGAGAGUCGCUACCCAGCUUGUUAGAAAAGAAAAGAAAAUUCUUCAUUCAUGCUUGCAAGUGACGAUUGAUUUCAUAAAUCAGUUACCAGAUAACACUGUAUCUCCCUGCCCUGCUCCCUAUGCCCCCUUAUUGAGAUAAGUAAGCUGUAGAUAACUUUUUUUCCAGCAGUGGUUGCAUGCCUGUUUUAUGAUAUCGCAACUUCGAGCAAAAUCCUCCAUCCCACGGUGAAGCUGAGAAGGUAAAUCUAAAUAAGCUGCCCGCUACAUAGGAUGGCUGAUCUUUCAGAGUGGUCAGGUAUUGAACAGAUGAUGACCACAAUGAUGAUGAUAAUUUCGAAGUUUGGAGGCCAAGGAUUUCAAAUUACCAAGUAAAGGCAUAUUUCUUCUCUCCUUUAACAUUCAUGGCUUUUCUUACAGUCUAAUACUCACUUUGUCCGUUGCUUCCUGUAAAUAUCAGGAACUACUCCAUUCUUCUUUCAAUGGAAUUCCCUUCCGUUUUUAGAUUUAUUCUUCCCCAUAUUUAGUAGUUCUCUUUGGUAGCCAUUUUCUUGAAUAAAACAUGUGUAUGCCAAAGUUAAAUCAAAGUUAAACGUUAUAAAAUUUUCG